UCCUCUCCUGCAGGACCUUACCUGUUCCUCGCUCCAGCGGUCCGCAGUCUCUGGUCAUCCCCUGCACUACGUCCGCAGUCUCUGGUCAUCUCCUGUACUACGUCCGCAGUCUCUGGUCAUCUCCUGUACUACGUCCGCAGUCUCUGUACUACGUCCGCAGUCAUCUCCUGUACUACGUCCGCAGUCUCUGGUCAUCUCCUGUACUACGGCCGCAGUCUCUGGUCAUCUCCUGUACUACGGCCGCAGUCUCUGGUCAUCUCCUGUACUACGGCCGCAGUCUCUGGUCAUCCCCUGUACUACGUCCGCAGUCUCUGGUCAUCCCCUGUACUACGUCCGCAGUCUCUGGUCAUCCCCUGUACUAUGUCUGCA